GGCGGCCUCUGAUCUCUAUAUUUGUUUAGAAAUAUUAGGAGAGAAGCAAAAAAAAAAAUCGGAGGAGGAGGAGCUUAGAGAGAGAAGUCAAAGACUCUCUCCUUCUCGUCACCUUCUUCCUCCCCACGCCGCGCUCUCCUCCCCUCUUAAACCACUAGCGCCGCCUCCGCGCUCUCUCCUGCCUCCUCUCCUCGCCUCUCCUCACCCUGUGGGUUGGUCGGCGUGUAGCUGCUUGCUUUGCUCUCACUGCCGGGGCUCGAUCUGCUUGCUCUGCAGAAAUUCUUUCCAAUUCAUUGCUUCUUGUGGCCUGUGGGCACCUCUACAAUUUGAUUUCAGAUGGAUUGCUGCUUUAUGUUCAGAAAAAAACAACCUGUUGAAGGUGAUGAUGGUGAACAUAGAGUGAAGAUAUUUUCUUACAGUGAGUUGAGAAAGGCUACCCAUGAUUUUAGUGGGGCAAAUAAGAUUGGAGAGGGUGGUUUUGGCUCUGUGUUCAGGGGAGUGCUUAGAGAUGGGACAACCGUUGCCGUAAAGGUGCUGUCUGCUACUUCAAGACAAGGCGUCCGAGAGUUCUUGACUGAACUUACAGCAAUUUCUGACAUCAAGCAUGAAAACCUCGUCACACUUAUUGGUUGCUGUGCUGAAGGAUCUCAUAGGAUCCUUGUUUACAAUUAUCUUGAGAACAACAGUCUUGCACAGACAUUGCUAGGAUCUAGGGGUAGCAACAUCCGGUUCGAUUGGAGGACCCGUGUAAAAAUUGCUGUGGGUGUUGCUCGUGGAAUUGCAUUUUUACAUGAGGAAAUUCGCCCUCCGAUUAUCCACCGUGACAUAAAGGCGAGCAACAUUCUUCUUGACAAGGACCUCACCCCAAAAAUUUCUGAUUUCGGAUUGGCAAGGCUCCUUCCACCCAACGCAACUCAUGUGAGCACCCGAGUUGCAGGCACAUUAGGAUACCUGGCACCUGAAUACGCUAUCCGAGGCCAGGUGACAAAGAAAUCCGACAUCUAUAGCUUCGGUGUUCUUCUACUGGAAAUCGUUAGCGGCAGAUGCAACACCAACACAAGAUUGCCUUAUGAAGAUCAAUUUCUUCUCGAAAGGACAUGGGUACGCUACGAGCAAGAACGCCUGGCUGAGAUCAUCGAUGCUGACCUGGGGAAUGACCUGGACGUCGACGAGGCAUGCCGGUUCCUGAAGAUUGGCCUGCUAUGCACACAGGACGCAAUGGCGCGCCGCCCCAACAUGAGCACCGUCGUCAGGAUGCUCACCGGGGAGAAGCACUUCUCGGUGCACCGGAUCACCAGGCCGGCCAUGAUCACCGACUUCGCCGACCUCAAGGUCAGCAGCAGCCAGCAGAAGGAGAACGAGACAACACGGUCAUCCAACAUGAGAUCGUUCAGCACCACUGAUGAAACGGAGCCUUUCUCAUCGUCAGAGACGCCGACGCAGACGUCUAUCUGAAAAAAAAAAACAAGAAGAAGAACUGGAAAUGUGGAGACAGGACUAGUGUUUUUUUUGUGUUUGUAUAUUAUUGCUCCGAAAGGGGAUAGGAUUACGUUCAAUUUUUUUUUCUCUUUUUGGAGAGAGUUUCGUGUUUGUUUGAUUUUUGUGACGAGGAGAUGUUUAAGAUAGGCAGCGUAUUGCUUCUCGAUCUGGGUGUAAAUAUCUCGAAAUGAAGAUGUUCAAAGCCUCAAAGAUAAGCUCUGCACGAUUCACAUC